AUGGCCCGAGAGUUAAGCCAGGAGGCACUACUGGAUUUUCUGUGCCAGGCCGGGGGAAGAGUGACCAACGCCGCCUUGCUGAGCCACUUCAAGAGCUUUCUCCGAGACCCCGACGCGCCCCCCAGCCAGCACCAGCGCCGCCGCGAGCUCUUCAAGGGCUUCGUCAACUCGGUCGCCGCAGUGCGCCAGGACCCCGACGGCACCAAGUAUGUGGUGCUCAAGAGGAGGUACAGGGACCUUUUGGGGGAGGAGGGGCUGCAGCGACCCCGAGACCCGCCCGCGGCCGCCGCCCCUGCAGGGGGAGCUGCGUCCUGCGCCCCGCAAGGCGCGCGCGGGGGAGAGCCGCCUCUGCCCAGGCGGCGGCGCGAGAAGGAGCCAGAGGAGGAGCCAGCAGGUGCCGCAGCCCCGGCCGCCCACUCAGGUUGCAAUGGACUCGCAGCCCGCGGCACCCGGGAAGCAUCCCGGGGAGGUGGCGGGCGGAGGGGCGGCUCUGGCCACGGGGCGGGAGCGAGAUGCGCCGCUGCGGAGACACAGGGCCGCUGCUGCUGGGAAUGCCUCCAGAACAGCCUGGAGGGACUGCCCGGGGAGCAGGUGCUCGGUGCAGUCCCCGGCCCCGCCACCGCGGGGGAGAAGCCUGCGCGUGCCCCGCCAGCCCAGGAUGACCGCGGGGCUCCCAGGCAGCAGCCGGAAGGCGUGCCCGCAGAGCACGCACCGGUGCCCGCUGCGCCCUGCUCGCCUCCUACAACUGUCGAGGCUGCCGGGAGCCGGGCUUCGCCGCCUGCUCUCCUGUCCCGCCCUGUUUCCCCCGGAGACUCGCCAGAGCUUUUCACCCCAGACUGUCUGCAUUAUUCCACCCUGCAGCAGCAGCAACAGCGCACUUGGGAAUGGGUGGCCAGACAUCCCCAGAUUCCCAAGGCCCGGGACCAAGGCCCCAUCCGAGCCUGGUCGGUCCUGCCGGACAGCUUCCUCCAGCUACCCUCGGAGCUGAGCUUCUGGGUCCGGGAACCUAACUCAGAGCCUCCAGACCCCACUCUUUCCUCUCAUUCUGUCCUUCCUGUUGUUCCGGAAUCCUGUCCCGAGAACCCUCCACUGGCAGUCUUUCGUAGCAUUCGUUGUCAGCUGUCCCUCCAAGAUCUGGAAGGCUUUGUGGACCAAGAGAGCCACGGCAGUGAGGAGAGCAGCAGUGGGCCCAAAGAGUCUCCUGGGGGUUCUGAAGAGGGGCUGCUGGUUGCUCUGGGAACCCCAGAUCGGAGAGAGUUCAGGAAUCCAGCUGGAGGCCUUUCUCCAAAGGAGGGGAGCCCCAGCAAGAGCCUUCAGGACCUCAGGAACAGAGGGGAUGGUCACAGCUCUCAGCUGGUCUCGACAGAGGCUAAUGGCCUUGCAGGCCACCCCCAGGAGUCUUUGCCCUGGCCAGCUCCCAGGUUAAGGAGAUCCCUCAGGAGGAGCUCUCAGGCAAGGAGAGCCAAAUUGUCUUCUUCUGAUGAGGAGUAUCUUGAACAGGACUUGCUGAAAAGGACUCGGCGCCCACCGCGGCCCAGGAAACCCUCCAAGGCAGGAACAGCAUCCAGCCCAAGAGUGGAUGCUGCUUUGAUACCCAAACCUGCAGACAUUAAGGCUUCUGUUAAUGAGCGGGGCCGGCCACACACCUCCUGGCCCCGGGCUGGGGAGGAGUCUGCAGCCUUGGUCCCACAUAGACCUUCUGAGCACAAGUCCUCUGUGGUCCCCCUGGAUGCCAGGGAGCACGAAUGGAUUGUGAAGCUUGCCAGUGGCUCUUGGAUUCAGGUGUUGACUUUGUUUUGGGAGGACCCCCAGCUGGCUCUGCACAAAGACUUCUUGACUGGGUACACUGCCUUGCACUGGAUAGCCAAACAUGGUGACCUCAGGGCCCUUCAGGACUUUGUCUCCAGCACACAGAAAGCAGGGAUUGCUCUUGAUGUUAAUGUGAAGUCCAGUUGUGGAUAUACCCCUCUGCACCUUGCAGCCAUUCAUGGCCACCAGGGGGUCAUCAAAUUGCUAGUGCAAAGGUUGGCUUCUCGGGUGAACGUCCGGGACAGCAGUGGGAAGAAGCCAUGGCAGUAUCUGACCAGUAAUACCUCUGGGGAGAUAUGGCAGCUACUGGAAGCCCCUCGGGGCAGGCCCAUUUUUCCUGUCUAUCCUUUAGUCCAAAGCUCUUCCCCCACCAGGAAGGCCAAGAGCUGGGAAAUAUCUAGAAGUGUCACCCGGAAGACUUCCUUUGCUGCACUCCUCAAAAAUCAGCACAGCAAAUGGAAAUUGGCCAACCAGUAUGAGAAAUUCCCCAAUCCAAGGGAAAGAGAAGAGUACAGUGACUGA